GUCUAAUUAACAGACAGACGAAAGGCAGCACCCUAGCCACCCCCCCCCCCCCUUUCUCGUACACACACGGGGAAGAUGCCUAUACAAUGACUGGGGGAAGGGGGAAAGAUUUCUCAACAUAGAGAACCUCAAGCAAAAGCGUGCAUGCUGAAAUGUCCGAGUUGGGUUAGUCUCUGCCGAUGGAUUAGCAGUGCACUUUCAGCAGGCUGCCGAUAGGGACUGUCAGCCGCUGCUUUGUCCAAUCCCAACACGCUGCAGAAGGAGACAGAGACAGAGAGAGCUUCCCUCACUACCACCGCCCAUGAAAGAUCACGCUGGUAGCCUCGGCUGAUUCAGGAGUUAGCCGCACCACUACGUAAAGUGGCGUUUGGUACGUGCCAGGCCGAUUGUACAAGAGCCAGAGCAGACCCAACAGGAGGCGAUUGCAUUCUCCGUUCACUGCCACUCUGUAAAUGUUGAAGACACUAUUGAAAUGUUACCGAAAUCAAGACGCGCACUUACAAUCCAGGAGAUUGCUGCACUUGCAAGAUCAUCUUUGCAUGGUUUCUCCCAGGUUGUAAAAGACCAUGUAACUAAACCUACUGCCAUGGCUCAGGGUCGAGUUGCUCACCUCAUAGAAUGGAAGGGCUGGUGUAAGCCUAUGGAAUCUCCAAUGACUCUGGAGAUUGAUUUCAAUUCCUACUCAGACUUAAGUGAAGGUGAACAGGAAGCAAGAUUUGCAGCAGGUGUGGCAGAACAAUUUGAGAUUGCAGAGGCUAAACUCAAAGCGUGGUCUUCUGUCGAUGGCGAUGAUUCAAAUGAUGACUCAUAUGAUGAAGAUUUUGUACCAACUAGUGACAGCACUCUGCCAGCUGAUGCUGCCGGACAGUACCCCCAAAUGAAUUGCUCGAGAGAUAUGCUGCAUAGCCAUUUGUGCAAACUAACAGUGAGACAGGCAUCAUGUGAGCAGGAAAGUGAUUCCUCCCAAACUGUCUCCCCAGAGACCCUUUGUUCAAGUCUGUGCAGUCUGGAAGAUCACCCUUUGCUUAAAAUGGAGCUGGGGUCCCCCACCGAAUUAGCCACAAAACUGUUUGGUCAGAUCAGUGCAAUGACUGAUCAUAGGGACAUGAUCUCUCAGCUGCAACCAAACAGCAACACUGAAUGUGCCUUUAGGAACCUUAUCUGUGAGGACUCCUCUUAUUCUGUGUCUUAUGCUGAAUCUUGUUUUACCCCAGAGGAAGAUGACUUGUCAUGCCAAGAAUACAAAACCAUCUGUAAGAAGGAGGAUGGCGAGUAUGAGGGACGUAGAAAAGUAUCAGACGUUGCUUCCUCAGGUGUAGUAUCUCUGGAUGAGGAUGACGCAGAAGAUCAAUGAACCCUUUGUGACCCUGGCAUGUGUUUCUCCCUUUGAUACUGGUCAUGAGGCGUCCAAACAAUCGGUCUGUAUUUUGUAAAAGACUGUAAAAAUAGCCUUUGCACAAAUAAUUGCCUGAGGUUUGAUGCAAAGGUUCAAGCAAUUCACAGGUUUGCAUGCUAUGAAGUGCCGAAAGGAACUGUUUGCUGAAAUGUUCUUAGCACGGUAUGUAGCUCAAGCUUUGAGAAUCUUUCGUACUGAUCUUUAAAUUCCAUGCUAUGUUAUUUUUCAUGCUGGAAAGCAUUCUCCAGUCACAAUGGCAUGGCUAUGUCUUGUGCUAAAAUGGCCAAAUUAUAAUCUUCGUACAAGAUUAAGCAGCUGCUGGAAUGUUCUUAAAAACAGACGACAUGUCUUUUUAAAAAUAUUUCACAUAAGAGGUAUUUGCUUUUAACCUUCUAGUUUUAUACCAUUCAACAUAUUAUAGUCGGAUGAUAAAUUAAUUUUCAAUGGUCUAAUGAAAAACGUGCAAAUGUCUAAAUCUUUUAAAUUCCCACAGUUGAAUCCUCUAAUUUUGGAUAAAAUAGUUUCCACUGAUGCAGUAAAGGAAAAGUGCAUUAUGGUUCAAAUUUUAUAUUUUUGUAUUUGUGUCUGCAUCUUGUGAGGUAUUGCUGUAAAUUGGAUUGCACGGGGCUUCAGUGCUGUUGCUGUAGGAUAUUUCUUUGUUAUCACUGUGUGAUAUAGUCUACAAACAAAGAAUACUGUGGUAUUUCUGACUUUCAUUGUCAUACCGUUUAAACUGCAAGUUUAACAUAUUAUACAAGAAUAAUGCAGUCAAUAUCCCACUCAAAUAAAAGUCACGCAUGAGUGCCUGAAAUACCGAUUGAUAUGGCACAUUCAAAACAUUAAUUUCUAAAAAUUAAAAGUAAGUUCCGUCUGGAAGUGCGUGAAUUUGAUGACUGUAUCGGCCAAUGUAAUGAUGAUGAUACAUGGAUCUAAUCUUUUUUCUUUCAAAUUAUAUUCAGAAAGGUAUACCAGGACUCUCAUUAUUUUCUAGCUAGGUGCUUCAGAUCAUUCACUCACGUGAGGAAGGUUUUAAUUGAUGAAGGUCCUCUGCUUAUGGCUUCCUUUUUUGUGUUAUUGCUGUUUCUGGCAUGAUAAUGGCCUGGCAGUGGAAAAACAACUUUCAUGCAAUGUUUAAUUGGCUGUGGCUGUUUUCCUGAAAAAUUAUGAGCAAUUCAUUUGCUUCAGAUUGCCCAUAACUAUGACUUUGUUACAUCUCAUAAGCAACAGUUUUGUUUGACUGGGUCUGCCUUUUCGUUUGGAGUUUGCUGGAUAUGAUUUGUAAAUGUUCUUAAUUUUCCCAAGAAACAUCACCUACCUUGAAUGCCUGCUAAAAUGUUUCAGGGCUUGAUAUGGCCCAGACUGUACAGCAUUAAUAUUCGGUGCCCUCACGCCCCUCUACCUGACCCUCCUCAGAAUACUGAAGUGGCCUGACUGAUUAUGCUUUAGCAGCAUCUCAGGAGAGUUAAGAAAGUGUGUGUUUUUUCUCCGAAUAAGACAUAGACAACCCGAGUAACAAUUGUUACAGACCAAAACUGGGAAAUCAAGCUCUGUAAUUUAAAAAAAAAGCUGCAAGAUCCAUCAUAAUUUGGCUGUAAACAUUUGAUCAUAUUGCCUGAUUGUUUUGGAUGUACUUGAGUCUGCAACUAAGUAAUUGCUAGUCUUUGUUAUACUUCCUAUUUUCGAAUCGAAUUAUAGACAGGGUGAAAGUGGAUCAUCUUUUUGAUUAAGAGCAGGGCUAUUUUGCUACAACUGGGGUUCUAAUAAACCUUGCUGAAUAAAGCUGUCCAAAUUAUUUUCCACAUAGGCGUUAACAGAGGUUGCAGAUCUCUCCAUUACUAAUUGUGCAAAGAUUUUGUAGCACUAAAAAUUUUAGAAGUUCCCAGUUCAAUGGAAGAUGCCACUGUGAAUGUUCCUAUGAAUUCUACUUGCACUCAUCUAUUUUGUAAUAUUGUAAAUGUAGUAUGUGGUACUGUUCUUUAGGAUAUAACUUGUGUCUUCUUUUGUCUAUCAUUUUCUUUGUUAUAGUAACAAUUAAGAAUUCCAA